AUGUCAUCUGCCCAAGUUGAGGAGUUGGAGAGGCGUGCUUCCGCUGCUGAGGUGGCCAUUGAGGAGCUCAAGAAAAGCAUGCAAGCGCGGCCGCAGAGCGGGGCGGAGAAUAAUGCGGCGCUGGAGUUAAGGCUUCGUGAACUGUUGAAGUUGAUGGAAGAGGACCGUCUUGAAUGUGAAGUGAUUCGUGUUCAGCGUGAUGAGUUAAAGGAGGAGAAUGAGCGGCUUAGGGCUCAGGUAAUGAAGCAUGAGUACCGCAUUAAACAUCUUCUUCAAACAAUUAACGAAAUUGAAUCAGGGAAGCAGAAGAAUUGA